AAUCAGCAAAUAAUUAUGAUCACGCCUACGUAAAAUUUGUAAAUCAAGAAGGAAAACUUGAAGGUAUUAUAUCAGUAAAAAAACUUUUAGCAACAAUUGAUCGAGAAAAAUAUUGGUUGGUGGAAGUAGAAAGUAAUGAAAAUCCACCGAUAUGUAAACUUAUUGAAAAAAAACUCGCUUAUGAAAAAAGAAAAAAACAAAUCCAAAAUACACCAAUAGUUACGAAAGAAUUGCAAAUGACAUGGAAAGUUGAUGAUCAUGAUUUAAUGCACAAGAUUAGUAGAGCUAAAUCAUGGUUAGCUAAAGGAUAUCAAGUAGAAAUUGUUAUUUCGAAUAGAGGAGUACAGAAAAAAAAAAGAACUUUAGAUAGAACGAUUAUGGAUAAGAUAUUAAAUGAGUUGAAGGAGUAUUCUAAGGAAAUUCGUGAACCAAAAUGGACAGGUGGAUCUGUUAUAUUGCAGAUGACGGGUAAAGGAAUUGACAAUGAAAAAACAGAAUGA